CCAGCGCAGCCGCAGCGCAUAGCCCGUCUUCUGAUGGCAUGAGUGACUGCUAGAGGAGCUGCGGUAACUGCCUUGCUGUCUGCGCACACACCACACGGGCUUUAUACAUUCAGCCUCUCUAUGGACUGGACUGGAGGACUGUUGAAAUCCUGCCCUAGUGUGAAAACUGACCGUUGACGACGGGCUUGAACCCUCAGUGUGCGCAAGGUUAUGCAACUUUACCUCGCUCCAUGGAAAGUUAAUAUUUAGCUAAAACCCCUGGAAUUGAAAAAGACUUCAAGGUCUCUAGAACCACGAGUGAAACGUGAACCACUGGAUCUUUGACUCUGGCUUUGCAGUGAUUACAGCUGAUCCCCCUCUGAUCGCUGCUGAUCCACUUUAGUUGUGAGCCCAUCCUUCUUAUUCUGUGCACACAAACUGCACUGUUAUGUGCUGUUGUAGCACUUCACAGGAACAUGCAGAUUCAGGAAGUUGACUGUACUGUGACCUGAGGUGGCGACAGACAAGGUAGCAGGCAAGCUGAGUUCGACUCUUUCAUGGGUGAAGAACUCAGUGUCGCACACGGUGAGUCAGAUGGCUAGUCAGGUGGCCACGCCCUCCUCGCUGCACACCACUGUGGCUUCAUCCACUGCCUCACUGUCCUCGCCCUCCUCGGCCUCCCCGUCCCAGCUCAGCCCAGACGAUGUGGAACUGUUGGCCAAACUAGAGGAGCAGAACAGGUUGUUGGAGACGGACAGUAAGUCUUUAAAAUCUGUGAAUGGCUCUCGAAGGAACAGUGGCUCAUCACUGGUGUCUAGUUCCUCAGCCUCCUCCAAUUUGUCGCACUUGGAGGAGGAUUCGUGGAUCCUGUGGGGACGCAUAGUCAACGAGUGGGAAGAUGUGUGGAAGAAGAAGGAAAAACAACUAAAGGAACUGGUCAGGAAAGGCAUUCCGCAUCACUUCCGAGCAAUAGUGUGGCAGCUGUUGUGCAAUGCCCAGAAUCUACCCAUAAAGGAGCAAUACUCUGAGCUGCUGAAGAUGACUUCGCCCUGUGAAAAACUCAUCCGCAGGGACAUUGCCCGUACCUACCCCGAGCAUGAGUUCUUUAAGGAGAAGGAUAGUUUGGGUCAGGAGGUGCUCUUUAAUGUUAUGAAGGCUUAUUCCCUGGUCGAUAGAGAGGUGGGUUACUGUCAGGGAAGCGCUUUCAUUGUCGGCCUUCUUCUAAUGCAGAUGCCAGAAGAAGAGGCUUUUUGUGUGUUUGUGAAGCUGAUGCAAGAUUACAGGCUGAGAGAGCUCUUUAAACCCAGUAUGGCUGAACUGGGCCUCUGCAUGUACCAGUUUGAAUAUAUGAUUCAGGAGCAGCUUCCAGAGCUCCACGUGCACUUCCAGGCCCAGAGUUUCCAUACCUCCAUGUAUGCUUCAUCCUGGUUUCUCACCAUUUUCCUUACCUCGUUCCCUCUUCCUGUAGCUACCAGGAUCUUUGAUAUAUUCAUGUGUGAGGGUUUAGAGGUAGUGUUUCGUGUGGGGAUGGCCAUCCUGCAGAUGAAUCAGGCCGAGCUCAUGCAGUUGGACAUGGAGGGAAUGUUGCAGCACUUUCAGAAGGUCAUCCCUCACCAGCUGGAUAGUGGACCAGACAAAGUUAUUCAGGCUGCUUAUCAAGUCAAGUACAAUGCCAAGAAAAUGAAAAAAUUGGAAAAGGAGUACACUACAAUCAAAACCAAGGAGAUGGAAGAACAGGUGGAGAUCAAGAGACUACGCACAGAGAACAGACUCCUGAAGCAGCGAAUAGACACUCUGGAGAAAGAAAGUGCUUCUUUGGCAGAUAGAUUGAUUCAGGGUCAGGUGACACGAGCCCAAGAGGCGGAGGAGAACUACCUGGUCAAGCGGGAGCUGGCCACAGUCAAACAACACAAUGAGGAGACCAGUGCACAGCUGGAGCAAGCGCAAAACGCCAUCCGACAGCUCCAGCAACAGCAGCCAUUUGCGAAGGGGAACCCACGCUACUCUGAGGAGUUCAUCCUGCAGUUGGAGAGAGAACUGGUUCAGGCCCGACUUAAGGAUGCUGAGUCUCAGUGUGCACUGAAAGAGAUGCAGGACAAGAUCCUCGACAUGGAGAAGAGAAAUACAUCCUUGCCAGAUGAGAAUAAUGUGGUACGUCUUCAGGAGGAGUUAAUUGGUGUAAAGCUGAGGGAGGCAGAGGCUCUUACAGGGCUUAAAGAGCUUAGACAGCAGGUUAGAGACCUGGAGGAGCACUGGCAGAGGCAUCUGGCGCGCACAGCAGGCCGCUGGAAAGACAGUCCGCGGAAAAAUGCAAUGAGCGAGCUUCAGGAUGAGCUGAUGAGCGUGAGGCUCAAAGAGGCAGAGGCACAGGCUGAGCUCAAAGAGACCAGACAGAGGAUGCUGGAACUGGACACCCAGAAUCAAAGACAUAGUAAUCAACUGCGGCGAGCAGAACUGGAGGCACGAAAUCUACAGGAGCGACUGCAGGUUUUGACCAACCAGAACAAGAUGUUGCAUGCAGAGCUACAGGAGAUGAAACGGAAACAGGCUGAAAUAGAGUGCAAGAAUAAAGAAGAGGUAAUGGCAGUGAGAUUGAGAGAAGCUGACAAUAUUGCUGCCAUGGCUGAGCUUCAGCAGCAGAUCUCUGAGCUUGAGAUUCAGAAAGAGGAAGGAAAGGUCCAAGGUCAACUCAACAACACAGACUCCAGCCAGUACAUCAGAGACCUCAAGGAUCAGAUAGCAGAUCUCAAACAUGAGAUCCGAUGCUUAAGAGGGCAGCAGGGAUUACCCGACCAACCCAGUUUUGAUGGGAUUCAUAUAGUCAAUCACUAUGGAGGUGACAAUGAAUCCUACCAGUCCUCUGAUGAAGAUGGAGUGAAGCUGUCACCCCACCUGACCAGUCAUCAGGUUAGAGGCCGGAUCACACUACAUCCAAACCUGGAGGACUCAGAAAGUGAGGGUGAUGAGGAAGGAGAUACCCUACGACUUACUGUGCCCUCAAAUGGCAGCCAUAAGACAACUACAGUAUGAUCGUAUGGAUUGGUGACAAACUGCCAUCAAAGGUCUGGGAAGGUAACAUGGUCUGUAAGCUCGCCCUACAGCAUUGAGCAUUGGACUCGAACGGGAGAACUUGAAAAGCCCUCAUUCAUCUUUACAAAUGGACUUGUGGAGUCUUAUCUCUCUGAAGGUCAUGGUUUACAUCUGCAUUUGUUUUGUUUUUGCCAAAAUGCGUCAGAUGUUUGUCCUGGCACUACUUUUAAUUUAAGCCACAAUAAAGAUGGCUAAUGUGCCUUUUUAGGCUCUUUGAGACCCUUGUAAUAAAAGUAAUAAUUUUGUGGCACGAGAUUCCCAAACCUUAAAAGGG